AGAAAAUAGCAAAGACUUGCGUAAACGUCGCUCUCAAACCUCAUCUCAUACUCAUCGUUUUCGUAUGAGUUUUUGUAGCCCAAACAAUCUUCCUUUCUACAGUUUAUAAUAUAAGAAACAAUACUUCCUUCGUAAUCUCCGCCUCGUAUCUCUUAUAUAACUCAUCUCUCUAAACCUAAAAAAUGUUCCUCUCCGUUAAAUCUAACGGUCAUGUCAACUAAUACCGUCGUCCCUCUCCGUCGCAGAUCUAACGGAUAUCACACUAACGGCGUGGCCUUUAACGGAAUGGAUAAUAUUGUCAAGAAAACCGACGACUGCUACACCAACGGCAACGGCAACGGAGGAGUAGAGAGAAGCAAAGCCUCGUUUCUGACAUGGACCAUGCGUGACGCUGUCUACGUAGCGAGAUACCAUUGGAUACCGUGUUUCUUUGCGGUCGGAGUUCUGUUCUUUAUGGGGGUUGAGUACACGCUCCAGAUGGUUCCGGCGAAGUCUGAGCCGUUCGAUAUUGGGUUUGUGGCCACGCGCUCUCUAAACCGCGUCUUGGCGAGUUCACCGGAUCUUAACACCCUUUUAGCGGCUCUAAACACGGUAUUCGUAGCGAUGCAAACGACGUAUAUUGUAUGGACAUGGUUGAUGGAAGGAAGACCACGAGCCACUAUCUCGGCUUGCUUCAUGUUUACUUGUCGCGGCAUUCUUGGUUACUCUACUCAGCUCCCUCUACCACAGGAUUUUUUAGGAUCAGGAGUUGAUUUUCCGGUGGGAAACGUCUCAUUCUUCCUCUUCUAUUCUGGCCACGUAGCCGGUUCAAUGAUCGCAUCCUUGGACAUGAGGAGAAUGCAGAGGUUGAGACUAGCGAUGCUUUUUGACAUCCUCAACAUAUUACAAUCGAUCAGACUGCUCGGGACGAGAGGACACUACACGAUCGAUCUUGCGGUCGGAGUUGGCGCUGGGAUUCUCUUUGACUCAUUGGCCGGGAAGUACGAAGAGAUGAUGAGCAAGAGACACAAUUUAGCCAAUGGUUUUAGUUUGAUUUCUAAAGACUCGCUAGUCAAUUAAUCUUUUGUUUUCAUUUUAAAUGAUUAGUUGAACUUGAACAUAUUUGAUUUAGUUAAAGACUUAAAGUCCAAUGAAUUACAUUUUUUUUCUUUCAA